UCGCGUUGGUUGCUUCCUCACAGCACUUUUGCGUUUUCUUUCGUUGCGUUUGCGUGAUUUUCAAAUUGGAUUCGAAACAUUUCAGACAAUCCGUGAAAGUGUUAAAAACUAGUUCGUGGUUUGGCUGAGUAGAUAAGCUGCCAAUUUGCAUAAUUGAGUUACAUACUAAAACAUCGCCAACUGAAGUGUAUCUACUACUUGGAAGUGUGUUUGAUUGAAAAUAAUUAAUAAAUAUUUUUAAUUGAAGCUGAUGUACCAAAAUUGUGGAGUUUUUUAAAUUGUGAGCCAAUGCAAAAAUGGGGGGAACACCCAGUGCCAGAACCUGUUCUGAUAUCGUAUUCGAGCCAAGUGCUCUUGUGAGCCGUCGGCGUUUUUAAAAUAAAAUAACUGAAAAUUUCUAUCAAGUGGAAACUUCUAGAAUUGGAUCUACAGCUUCGUUUUGGUGUGCAAUGUGAGACUUUGAAUAAAACAGCGACAGCGGCAGGAUAUGAAAACAAGCAAAAAAAAAAUUCCUUCUGCUGUGAUCUAAGAAACCUUUAAACGCAGCGUGUUAGAAGACAAACUUAAUUUCCAUUGCACUCACGACCCGCACGCCCAUUAACGGUCUCACCAUUCCGCCCAUCUGGAUUAUGUGCAUAUCCGAGGUAGUCAAGCUGGACGACCUACCGCAAGAAGUCAAAUUAGCACAUCAGGAUGCCAUGCCUGAUCGUUCGGCCUCCUGCAUUGUGACCACCGGUGCUAGUGGCGGCACGAAUAGUCCCAUUUCGGAUGCGAAUAGCGAUGGUGAACUAGAUGAUUAUGCACCGAAACGUAAGCAGCGUCGCUAUCGCACUACAUUUACCAGCUUUCAAUUGGAGGAGUUGGAGAAGGCGUUUUCACGAACGCACUACCCGGAUGUCUUUACGAGGGAGGAACUAGCCAUGAAAAUUGGUCUAACUGAGGCGCGAAUACAGGUUUGGUUCCAGAAUCGUCGCGCCAAGUGGCGUAAACAGGAGAAGGUGGGUCCGCAAUCACAUCCAUGCAACCCAUAUCUGCCCAGUGGGCCGGGCGCCAUGCAAGCCGUUGACGGUCCGACAUUGCCGCCAAAUCCAUUCACACACCUGGGCUUCAAUUUGCGCAAACCAUUCGACGGUCCCGCCAAUUUCGCCGCCUUUCGCUAUCCGCACCUGUCGGCGGCACCAAUGUUGCCAUCUGGAUUUUACAACCAAUUUCAAAGAGCACCACCCCACCUCCUGCCCAGCAUGGCGAGCAUGUACUCUCCCACCACCUCCUUCCAAACGCUGCUGGCCAACAUGACCGCUGUGCCACGCCAUCCGCCGGUAUCUGCACAACUUAGCGUCGCCGCCGCCAAGUCACCUAUGCUCAUUUCAUCACCGGAGCUGCAUUCACCCAAUCACCUUAUGUCUUCGCCACCAAUUUCGCCGACUUCCAUGACAAUGCAGUCGAUGGCACCGCCGCCGCCACCCCCAGAGGCACACUCACAUGGGCCACCACCACCACAACAGCAGCCACAAUCGGCGCCUGUGAUCACAAUGCCGAUCAGCAUGCAUCAGGCUGGGCAACAGCCGCCGCCGCCGCCAUCAGCACCCACAAGUCACUCGCACUCGCCGCUCCAGCUGGCGCAUUCGCCACAACAUCAGCAGGCGUCGUCGUCAUCAGUGUCGGGGCCACGUACAGCCACACCGCCGGAAGAUCGUCGCACUUCGUCGAUUGCGGCAUUGCGGUUGAAGGCGCGCGAGCAUGAGCUCAAAUUGGAGCUGCUGCGUCAGAAUGGACAUGGCGAUCUGCUGAGCUAGUUGAUGCUGCAGUUGCUGUUUGCGGAGAGCUUUCGUGGCGAUUGCGCGUGGAAAGGAAAAGAAGAGAAAGUUAACAUAUCAUGAAAGGCAGCAAAAGGAAAGAACUAAGGAGAUGUAUUUAUUGUUUGGACCAGUGCAAAUUCUAAGCAAUUUCCAGUGCAACGGAAUGAAAAUGUAUUAAUAACAAAAAAUUCAGUUUUUAGUAUUUGACGAGUUUUAGGGUUGCAAGGAAUAGUUGACCACUUUGAUGUAUGUAGAAUAAAAAAAAUAAAAAAUUAUUUCUGUUAAAUAUUAUA